ACUGACUAGUGUGUGAGUGAAACUGUGAACGGCUGCCACGCUCCAACUCGUCUCCAAGUUUCAUUCUAGCGGUUGUACUCGCCAGACAACGUCCUCAUCGGUUGUGUCAGCGAGAUGAACAAUCCUUAAUUUGUCGUAGUGAUCAGUUAAAGCCUAACACUGGCAUCGACGCUAUUCUACCGUGUGAGUGGCAUGAGGGCAGAUUUACAGUCCUUUAUCAGACAUACUUCUUCUGACCACUUUUCGGAAUUGUUGUUGUUGUAGUCGCCAUACUUUGUGAUCUCUUUUUUACCGGGGUUGUUCGCAUUUAUCUCGUUUUUUAUAUUUUGUGAUAUUUUUACCUAGUUCGCGAUGGCACCCACAGGGUUUUCGUUGGCGAGGAAGGAGAGUGACGACGGCAAAUUGUGCCCGAAACUGCUCACCAAGAAAGCGGACAACUUUGCGCCGCUGGUGGUGGCGAUGGUCGGACUGCCUGCCCGAGGCAAGACUGUUCUCUCCCACAAGUUGAACCGUUAUCUCAACUGGAACGGCCUCAAGUCUAAAGUGUUCAGCAUCAGUUUCUACCGACGCAAGCACAUCGAGCUUUACGACAGCCAUGAGAUCUUCCGAGCUGACAAUGAGGAAGCUUACGAAAUCAUCCAGCAGAGCGCAAAAGAAGCUAUGGAAGAUGCUCUUGACUUUCUAAAGUCCGAGGGAAAAAUUGCGAUUCUUGAUGGAACUCACGCCACGCCAAAGACGCGUCAGAAUACUUUUGAUUUCUUCGCCAAGCAGUACAACUUCAAGGUUUUGUUUCUCGAGUGUAUCUGUGACGAUGAUAUGAUAUUGGAAAGAAACAUCAAGGAGAUCUUGCAAUUCAGCAAGGACUACAAGCACAUGACCAAGGAGAAGGCGUUGGAUGAUUUCCAUCAUAAGAUUGAACACUUCAUGGAGCAAUACGAGCCCAUCAACCCGAGGGAGGAGUCCAAGUACACUUACAUCAAAGUAUUCAAUGAUGGGGAGAAUGUUUCAGUGCAUCGUAUCAACGGUCCCUACCAGUCGAAUAUUCUGUCUUUUGUUUCAAGCUUCAAGCCUGGGGCCAGGACACUUUACUUUUCCAGGCAUGGGGAGAGUGAAUACAACGUGGUGGGUCGCAUCGGAGGAGACACAGACCUAUCUCCUCGCGGUCGCAUGUACGCCAAGACUCUGGCUACGUACAUCAAUGAUGCCAACAUUCCCGACCUUCAUGUCUGGACCAGUGAGAAGCGCCGCACCAAACAGACGGCCGCUGGCAUCGCAGCUCCUUCUGAACCCGUCGAGGCACUCAAUGAACUUGAUGCUGGAAUAUGCGAGGGCCUGAGCUAUGAGGAGAUGCAAGACAAGUUCCCGCAGGAAUUUGCGUGGCGGGACCAGGACAAGCUGCGCUACCGCUACCCGUGGGGAGAGUCUUACGUUGACAUCAUGGCUCGGCUGGCUCCCGUACUGCUUGAGCUUGAACACGAGGACAAUCUUCUGACCAUCAGUCACCAGGCCGUUUUGCGCUGCAUCCUCGGGUACUUCUUGAACAAGAGUUUGGAUGAACUGCCAUAUAUCAACGUCCCAUUGCACACUGUCAUCAAGAUGACCAUCGAGGGUUACAAGUGCAACAUCGAGUUCAUCAAACUGAACGUCGAGUGUGUCGACACUUAUCGCAAACAACCUAAGAACUGCAGUGUUGCCCGUCCGGCCGAGGAGGCUUUGCUGACAGUUCCGGCUCACUACGACAAUUUGUGGCCCCUCAAGCAGCAACUGCUCCAGCAUUAGAAAGCUUACUCCGCAACACGUAGCAUGUAAUAGUCGUUGUAUCACUAACCAGUCAAUGUUCAGUAUUUAUGUGUUUUAAUCGGCCUCGACUGAAUUACAUGUAGCUUUACAAGCACAGUUAAUUUAAAAUAAAAUUUGAAUCACAAACUCAUUCUCAGUAUUUAGCAUGUAAGUCUCAGAAAAAAGGUAUGUUGUACAUUAUUCGCAGUGGAAAAAUAAUUGUUAAAUUUAAUGGAGUAUGAAUGUAAGUUUUGAAUGGGCUACUUACAAAAUAAAUACCAAUUAACAAGAA